AUGCCCGUCUCCAAGGCAACCAAGAAGUUCGAAAAGAACAAGCUACACGAUGUCCUCAAGCGCCGCAAGGAUGUCGCCAAGAUUAAGCAGAAGAAGCAGAUGGACGUGAAGAAGAAGGAGCGCAAGGCCAGAGAUAACGCCAAAGCCGAGGCUCUCGAGGGUGAUGAUAGCGCAAAACCCAAGGCAAAUGGGUCCAAAGAUGAUGGCUUCGCCGACAUGUCCAUGGACCACUUCUUCCAGGGUGGCUUCCAGGUGCCUGAGAUGACCAAGAAGCCAAAAGUGAAAACGGGCAAGCGGAAGCGCACUCCAGUGGAGUCGGCCGGCUCUGACGACGAACUGGUUGAGCCGCGGACUUCUGACCUGGAGUCGGCAUCUGACAGCGACUCUGGUGACGAUGCAGAUGCGCACAAGGAGCAACUCGCUGGGCUGGCCAGCAAGGACCCUGACUUCUACAAGUACCUCAAAGAGAACGAUGCCGAGCUCCUGGACUUUGCCGAAGACGCCGACCUUGCAGAAAUCGAUGCGCUCAGCGCCAGCGAAGACGAAACGACGCCAAGAAAGAAGAAGACGAAGAAGACCGAGAAGAACGGGACAAAAGCAAAAGCGUCAGAGGAGAUUUCGGAUGACGAAAGCGAUGCCACGGGGAGCAACGAACUCACAAGAAAGACUGUGCAGAAGUGGAAAGAGUCCAUGGAGUCCAAGUCGUCUCUUCGAGCCAUGAAGGAGGUCGUCCUAGCUUUCCGGGCAGCAGCACAUUUGAACGACGAUCAGACAGGAAAAGAAUACAAGUACACCAUAUCGGACUCCGAAGUGUACCAUGAGGUCCUCGUUAGCACGCUCCAGCUCGUCCCUAAGGUGCUUCAACACCACCUGCCCGUGAAGGAGAGCGCUGGAGGCAAGAUCCGUGUGCCCACCGAAUCAAAGAAAUUUCGCACCCUCACGCCGCUCCUCAAGUCACAUACUGUCUCAAUCCACCAUCUCCUCGAGAACUUGUCUGAUGCUUCCACACUGCGCAUGACAUUAGACUCGCUAUCAUCGUUGCUGCCGUACGUCUUGUCCUUCAAGAAGAUUGUGCGUGAAGUCGUACGGUCGGUCUCGUCUGUGUGGUCAGAUUCCGCAAAUAACGAGAUGAGCCGACUGUCCGCUUUUUUGGUCCUCCGCCGAUUGCUUGUCAUUGGUGAUCCUAGUAUUCGCGAGACUGUGUUGAAGCAAGUGUACCAGGGACUGGUCAAGGGCGCAAGGAACACCACUGUACACAACAUUCAGGGCAUCAACUUAAUGAAGAACACUGCAUCCGAGCUCUGGGGCAUCGAUCCUACCGUUGGCUACACGACAGGCUUUGGCUUCAUCCGCCAACUCGCUAUCCAUCUACGAACGAGCAUCACCAACAAAACCAAGGACUCUUACAAAACCGUAUACAAUUGGCAGUAUAUUCACUCACUAGACUUUUGGUCCCGCGUGGUAGCAGCUCACUGUGAGUCUCUGCGUGAGGCGGAGUCUGGAAAACCAUCGCCACUUCGACCGCUCAUCUACCCCGUGGUCCAAGUCACGCUCGGCGCGAUGCGACUGAUUCCAACCGCACAAUAUUUCCCUCUUCGAUUCCAACUUGUGCGCUCACUUCUUCGAAUCUCCUCCGCGACAGCAACUUACAUUCCUCUCGCGCCGGCCCUUGUCGAAGUCCUCAACUCAGCAGAAAUGAAGAAGCCACCGAAGCCUAGCACGCUGAAAGCUCUUGACUUUGGUACCACGAUCCGCGCAACAAAAGCUUAUCUACGAACGCGAAUUUACCAAGAUGGCGUGGGUGAGCAAGUCGCCGAGCUUCUAGCCGAAUUCUUCAUCCUCUGGACCAAGAACAUUGCGUUCCCAGAACUAGCACUUCCUGUCAUCGUUAUGCUGAAGCGCUGGGUCAAAUCCAUGACGAAGAAGAGCACUGGAAACCGCAAUGCGAAGAUCAGUGCGCUCGUAGCGUUGUUAGUGCAGAAACUCGAGGCAAACUCGCGAUGGGUCGAAGAAAAACGAGCGAAGAUUGACUUUGCGCCCAAUGACCGCGCCGGGGUUGAAAGUUUCCUCAAAGAGCUGGGCUGGGAGAAAACGCCUUUAGGCGCGUACGUGGCAGGCCAAAGAAAGUCGCGAGAGGCAAAGGCGAAGAUGUUGGAGGACGCGAGGAAGACGGAUGAUAAGAAAAGGAAGCAGGCUGAGCAGGCAGAUGGGAGGGGUGCCCAAGAAGACUUUGGAGCCGAGUCGGCGGAUGAGGAUGACGUGGACAUGGAAGAGCUUAGCGAUGAGGAUGCUUGA